GGCAUCAUCACGUUUCUGGGACCGGACGAAGGAAUCGUGAACUCGGAGGAGCACGGCGAGCUUCCCUUCGAUAUCUGCGAGAACUUCAGCGAGGUCAGGUUCAACUCCAGCGACAUCCACAAGGAGGUGCAGUUCACGCUGGCCACGGUGAAAGGCCAGCAGCGAGCGAUCCGCCUGAUGCGGACGAAGAAGGCCGGAGACCCGAUCCUGGAGGAGCAGAAGAGACGGGAGGAGGAUGAAAAGAGGAAGAGGAAGGAGGAGGAAGAGAGGAGGAAACAAGAGGAGGAGGAGAGGAAGAGGAGGGAGGCAGAGGAGGCUGAGCGACAGAGAGAGGCAGAGAAGAAGAAGAAAGAGGAAGUGGCCGCGGCGCUCGCUGCAGCCAAAUGCAAAUGGACGCCGCUCGGCUUCAUGAUCAGAAACCCCGACUCGAAGGACGAGCUCAGCAAGGAGCGCUUCGAAGGCACCGUCCUCAAAGCCGUCUCCAAAUAUCCCCGAAAAGAGAUCAAGAAGGAGCCCGAGGACCCAGCUGCACCGGGGAAAAGGGAAGCGGAGGAGACGCCGGAGGAGAGAGGGAACGCUGCCGGAGGACCGGAGGGAAAGGUGGAGGUGAAGAAAGAGAAGGAGGAAGAGGAGCAGGAGGGUAAGAAGGAGCAGUCUGCCGCGGAGACAGGUCGGCUGGUGAUGACUGUCGAAGGAGAACAGAAGCAGCUUCGCUUCGGCCCCGACGACCUGCUGAGCACCUCCACCAUGCUGGACGGAGACCAGGUGCGCUUCAACAUCGCCACCAAUCAUGAGACCAAAGAGGAACGAGCAACCUUCGUGGAAAUCCUGCCAGCCUCCUUCGAAGAGUCCACGGAGCAACGACGACACGGCAUCGUAAUCGAGUUCAUGGAGGACUCGGGGCUCAUCAAGUGCGCCCAGAACCCUCAGCUCUACUUCCACAUGUCGGAGGUGAUCGAGAAGAAGAAACUGGAGCUGAACGAGAAGGUCGAGUUCAGCGUCGUCCCGCAUGAAACAGCGGAGGGGAACCAGGCCAUCAGGAUCAAACGUUUCACCGAGAGUGUUUUUCUUCCCGUUCGGAAGUUGGGCGGCGUCGGGGCGAGCAAAGGAAAG